AUGGCUCGUUUGUUCUUUACUUCGCUGCUUAUCUCUUGCCUAUAUGGAGCUUUGUCUGUAGUCGCGCAAACUCCCCCUCUGGUGAACUUUCAAGUGCAACAGCCCCCUGCGUCACCUUCUAGUCAGGCAUGCGAACAUGUCCUUAUGACGCAUAGCUUCGCGAACUCGUACGGACAACCUAGUAUAGUUACUUACACGCCGCCCACCGAUUGUGGCGCAGUUGGAGAGUGGGCUGCAAUAUCCCUCAACUUCACCUGCACUUCUCAAGGUGUGCAAUACGAUCGCUUGGCUAUUCUGUCCUUGUCCUCUACCGAGAUCUGGCGCUCGAGCACCGCGGAGCCCACUUCCUAUGGGAUCAUCUUUACCGCACUGAAGGAUGUAACGCGAUAUUCGGCGCUGUUUGCUCAACCGGGUGAGCUUGUGUUUGACAUUGGCAAUAUCGUGUCCGAAGAUCUUGGCCUUACUGGUAUCUACAAUGCAACCUUGACCGCCACGUUCUAUGCUCCGGCCGCUGGCUGGCCGAAGACUCAAAAGGCUGAUCAAAUAAUUCCUCUGGGAAACCCUGGAGCCACCUCGGACCCGAUGUUUGCUGUUCCUCCCGGCGGGAAUACGACUGUGACUCUGCCUCGCAACGUCGCCCAAGCUUAUAUAGAGAUCUACGCUUCUGGGAAUUCCAACGAAGAGUUCUGGUAUACCAACGUCGCCAAUCAAUACUACAAUGAUCUUCCUGCGGAUACAACUUACGGAGAUGGUCCUUUCCGCGAAGUCCGCCUCCUGAUCGACGGUGUUGUUGCUGGUGCGGCCUUCCCGUAUCCAGUUAUCUUCACUGGUGGGAUCCUUCCCACGCUAUGGAGACCUAUCUCCGCAUACGGGUCCUUCGAUCAACCCACAUAUUACGUUGACAUCACCCCCUUUUUGGGAAACUUGUCUGAUGGGCAAGAACACGUUUUCACCCUUGACGUUGCCAGUGCGGAAACCGAUCAUGCCAUCAACAGCAACUGGUAUCUUUCUGGAAAUUUGCAAUUGCAACUUGCCUCCACCAAUGUUCCCACAACGGGCAAGAUCCUGAACUACAAUGUUUCACCAUACGCUCUCUCCUCCGCCUCUGGUGUCGUUGCUUCUAACGGUGAUGUCAACGUCACUGUGAAGUCAUCACGUUAUGUGGAUAUCACCGCGGAGAUCAUCACGAAUGGCUAUGACAUCAGUGUGGUCACCUGGACUCAGAGCCUGGAGUAUAACAACUUCCAAGCCUAUUUGGAGGACGUUACCGUUGAACUUGUCGAUCAAACGAGCACGGGGACAAGUCGUUCUACCCAUAACGGCCAACAAGUCCUCUAUGACAGCUUCAGCUAUCCGUUCUAUAUGGACUACUAUUUGGUUACUGUCGGAAACGAGAGUGGCUGGUAUGCGUCAAUCGACCACUCGUACGACCGUACUUUCUUACCGAGUUCCCUUAUUCCUGAGAGCACAAUCGCGACACAUCAAUAUGGAGAUGGCGUGUACUUGUUCGACUCGGACGGAAACUUCGCGUUCGCUAAUGGGACAACGACCGAGGACUUCUCAUACUACGAUUCUGUGGGCAACACAUACACGAGAGCUGUCACAGCUGUGAACUCAAACAUCACAACUGACCAGAUUGGUGGCUCCUUCGCCAAUCCAGGUUCAUGGUGGACUGGUUGGGGGAUGUUCGGGGCACCGGCUGGGACAAAAGGCGCCGGGUCCAGUUAUGUGGCGAGGACGUUCGGUCCCUCGAAGCUCGGAGUACAUAUUGGAUAG